UUAAUCUAGAAAUUAACUCUUUUUUUGAGAACCAAAGAAAAAGCCGAAACUUUUCGGAACUAUUUUCUACGCAGAAUCAACCUACGGGCCUUCUAUUUACAAGAGUUACGCUCUACCACUAAGCUCUAAGCUAUGGCGGUUCUCGUCUUCCCUUCUUAUAUCUUUUAAAAAUUAUUGAAAACCAUCAAUUUAAGCUAACCGUACCCAAUUCAAAUGGAGAGAAGACGACGAAAAUGCAAAAUCGAGGAACAAAUUCAAAUCGAUUCCGCCAUUGAUAAAAACGAAACUCCAAUUUUUGAACCAGAUUUGAUUAGAGCCAUUUUCAAGCAGAUUUGGAUCAGAAAAGCUCAAGAGCGUGAAGGAAUCGGAUUUCAAAACACCGACGCCAUGGAUUCCGAGAUUGGAGCUGGAACAUCUAAGAAGAUUCGACCCACAUUCGCUAAUCCGAAUGCUCUAAAGCUGAGCUGCGAACUUCUUCGAAUUUUUAUUACAGAGACUGUACAACGAGCUGCUACGAUUGCUGAAGCAGAAGGUGGUACUAAGAUUGAAGCAAUUCAUUUAGAAAGAGUUCUUCCCCAGUUAUUUGUUGAUUUUUAAGGUACAGUUAAUAAUUAUAUUGCCUUGGGUUUUUAUAUACAUAACGACCUUUUUCUUCUGCUGUAUAGAUGAACCCACUACAAUUUUUUAGAUAUGUUAAAAACUUACUGAAUUUUGGAGAUUUAUUUUCGGAGUUUUAAUGUUACUUAAAAUUAUUAAAUUUGUUAUGACACUAUAAUAUUUUUAAUAAAUUAUUGUAAAAAUUCUUACAAAA